AUGUCGCGCCCAUUCAAACCACGAGAUAUCGCCUGUGCCCGCUGUUUCCGUCUGAAGCGCAAAUGUGAUCAUGUCAAGCCAACCUGCGGUGAAUGCCGCCGUAAAGGCGCAGAGUGCCUGCCUGCUAGAUCGCGCAAGUCGGGAGAUAACAUCACCGUCCCGGUCGCAUACCUGAAGGACCUCGAAAGGAGGGUAGCCGAGUUGGAAGGCUCAUACCCAGGGGCAAGCACUAGUGUGGAGCUAUGCGAUGCAGGCGUCCAGACUGAUUUUGUGGAGAAUGGGAGCAAUGACGUGGAUAUAGCACCGACUAGGCAGUCGCCAUUUUGGACCAAUGGGGUAGAUGAGAGCCAAGCGCUGGUACUUUCGUCUGCUCUGCAACCGCAAGGCCUAGUUUCUCGACUGUCGCCGUUCUCGCCGUCUUCGCUCACGGAUUCCAUCUUCCAAUUGAAUGAUGAAACCCUUGAUUUCCUUCGCCUCGAUAAACCAUCUUUCCCCCUGGUUGGCGAGGACUCCAUAUGGCUCACAGAGCUCUACACAAAUAUAUACUUUUCAAUAUCACACCGCGAGUGGCCAUUCCUCAAUGAGUCUGCUUGGAAGAUAUGGCAUCGUGAGGAAGGCGUAACGGGACAGGAAGAGUGGCGAUUUUUCUUUCUCCGGAUGGUGUAUGCCAUUGGAGCGUCACUCUGCAGCACAAUGCACCGAGACCCAGCGCAUUUGAUUCGCUCAAAGGAACUCUAUGCCUCUGCAAUGAACUAUUAUCCUCAUGUUGUGGGACAUCCGUCAAUGGUUCUACAAGUUCAAGCAUCCCUGCUGCUGAUCGUCUAUGCAUUGCAUUCUCCGUCGUCAGAGGAGAUUGCCACGACUGUCUCCUCAAUAUUACCAUUCUGUACCGCUGCAAUCACGCAUCUUCGAAAGUAUGUUCGGAUUGCCCGGGACGACGAAACGGCCGCCGCUUCUGGCGAGGUCAUGUCAGAGAACAUGUUCAUCGCUUGUUACAUGCUGAACGAGGUGAUUGCGUCCGGAUGGGACAGGCCCGUGUCUCCUUCCUAUCGAAUAGUGGAUGAUGAUCUUUGCAUUCUAGGAGACACGAUUCAACCACCUAGCAAUGCAAAUCCCGCACUGGGCCACCUAUUCCGACUGCGAAAAAUUCAAAAUAACAUUAGGAGAUCCCUUGAGCGAUCCCGUUGGCGGUAUUCUGAAGAAAAAGAUGCUUUCAGCUCGUCACUCAAGUCUGCCCUAGAUAUUUGGAGACAGGAUAUACCCCGCUACGGAACCUCGAAUGUUUCUAGUGGGUUCUAUCACCCAAGUUGGAUGACGAAGUUAUAUGAUUAUAGUAUUCUCAUCUUGAUGGAAGAGAAGCGGAAUUUCCUUGACCACGAGGGAACAGAAGAGAUCUUCUCUGCGGUUGUGGAAGUCUGUCUGCAGUUCCGUCGAUUACAGGAAGAGGGGCAUGUGAUGUGCUUUACUUGGUCUGCGCUCGUGUUCCAAUUUAGAGCUGCUAUCAUGCUUCUCUACUUAAUCUGGGCAACAAGACCAAUUAUGGACAACCUGAUCUUACAAGGUCAAAAUUCCUAUGAUUCACCAGAAGCAAUCAACGCCUGUCUAAAAAACUUUGCUUGUUUCUCCGAACGCUGGGAAGAUGCCACACCAUACUACAAACUGUUCCAAUUCUUGUACCAGAAGAUCCUGCAGACUACUGUGACAUCUGCAGUGCAGAUGGAUCCUCCUGGCUUGGCAGAAGCAGAGGCCCACUUGGACCAGCUAAAGAAGAAGUAUCUACACCGUGCUAUUUUGGGGAUGAUAGAAGAUAUGAUGUAUGGGGGAUUUGUACAGUAUGAAGCAAUACCGGACGCUUUGGUGACCAAGAUAUUGUGA